AUGAAUCAAGACCAUAACCAACCAGAAUUGAACGAGCAAGAAGUAAGCAAACUUGCUAAGGAAACCAAAGAAACUGCUCCUACCCAAGAAUUUUUUAAAGAAAUAGUUCAAGGAUUACCCGAAGAAAAAGUAAAAAAGGAAAUUCCUAACUUGGAUAAAGCUUCUAAAAAUGAUACGAUUGAACCAGUUAAAACCGCCACUGACCAAGAGAAAAUAGAUGCUUAUGAUAAAUUAAAAGAAAAAAACCCUCAGGAAGUUCAAGCAGAAAUUACUCAACUAGCAGAAAAACAAGUAGCGACGGAAACUAAUUAUCAACAAAAAGUAAAUGAAUUAGCAGCAGAUUUAGAUAAAUCAGAUUUUUAUGAUGAUUUCGCCCAAAGACCAACUCUUACUGAUAAUGAAAAAUUAAAGCAAGAAUUAGUCAAAGAACAAGAUAAGGUUCAACAAUUACAAGAAAAAAUUAAAAGUUUAAAAGGAACUAUUAAUCAGUUUAUUGAAAAUGAAAAGACUAAAAAAUAUGUUUUAGCUAAUCCAAUAGUCAAUCCUCAGCAAGUUAACCAAGCCAUCCCUAAAUUACUAGAAGAUGUUGAGAAAAGAUGA